GGAAGGAGCCGCCGCCGCGCUGAGGGGAGCAGGCGCUGUGCGGAGCCGCCGCCGCCGCUGCUGCCUGGUGCGGGCGGCACGGAGGGAACGAGCCUCGCCCGGGGCCGCGCGGACCGGCCGCGCCGAGGAGCGGGCGCCAGUUUACAAAGUCUUGUUAAUGUGAUGGCAUAAAGUAGUAAAAAGGCAUUUGGAUUACAUCAUGGAUAUCGCCAAUGGUCAUUGAUUCUACUUGAGUGGCACAGUAAGAGUCUGCUGUAUGAAAUGUCAGAAGUCUGUAUUUCUUCUAGUUUUGCAAUGGUUUCCCAAUGAGUGGAGCAUGAUGAACAUACUUUAGGGACUUGCCAUAGUAUGGCUGCUUCUCGAUCUACUCGUGUUACAAGAUCUACAGUGGGUUUAAAUGGUUUGGAUGAAAACUUUUGUGGUAGAACAUUAAGAAACCGUAGUAUUGCUCAUCCAGAGGAAGUUUCACCUCAUCCUCAAAUACGGUCAAGGUCACCAAAGAAGAGGCCAGAGUCUGUGCAAACUCAGAAGGGAAGUAACGGUGGAAGAACUACUGAUUUGAAACAACAGAGUGCUCGGGAGUCAUGGGUGAGCCCUAGAAAGAGAGGGCUGUCUACUUCCGAAAAAGAUAAUGUUGAUAAACAAACUGUGGAAAAUUGUGAGAAAAAACAAGCAGAACCUGUUUCACCAGUUUUGAAAAGAAUUAAGCGCUGUCUACGUUCAGAGGCACCCAACAGUUCAGAAGAAGACUUGCCUGCUAAAACAGAGAAGGAAUCAUUGGAGCAUAAAAGCUUAGUGUCGGACAAUGAUGCAGUCUCCACAGGGACUAAGCGAGCUUGCCGAUGUCUUAUAUUGGAUGAUUGUGACAAAAGGGAAGUUAAAAAGGUGAAUGUUUGUGCAGAAGGAUUUAAUAAUUCUGCAAUAGUUGAUGAGAUCGGCGGCUAUCAGACUGUCAAUGGAGUUAGUGAGAGAGACUCAAAUUCUCUUAACUGUGAUGACUGUCAGCUUGAUGGGAACACUAAGCAAAACAGUGGUGGUUCCUGUACGCCUAAGGACAAAAUAGUAGCAGAAAACGGAAACUCAUUUGCCCAUUCUUCAUUGUUGCUUAAUAGCAGCAAGGAGGACAGUGUUGUAGACCAUUAUGUGCCUUGCACAAACUCUCAAGAACAGGUAAAGUUAGAGGACCACAAAAUAAUAAAUGACUGCUUGCCUGAGGAGCAUGCUACUCAGGCGUAUGAGCCAGCUACAGGGUCCUUUUCUGAAAUCCAGUCAUCUUUGUUAAGGGAUUCGGAGGAGGAGGUAGAUGUUGUAGGAGAUAGUAGUGCCUCUAAGGAACAGUGUGCUGAAAACACCAAUAGCAACCCGAAUACUCAUCAUGACAGCGCAUCGAUCUCAGGUGAACCUGAACCACAUUCUCCAGUGCUGGACUGUGUUUCAGCUCCAGUGACAUCCAUGUCAGAACUUCAAGAACACAGAUACACAUUGAGAACUUCACCGCGAAGGGCUACCCCUGCCAGAAGUAGCCCUACUAAAAAUAACUCUCCUUGUAGAGAAAACGGACAGGUUGAGGAAAAUAAUCUUGGUCCCACUGAAAAGAAUGUACCUGUGGGUAUUAAUAAUAUCAGUGGAUCUCCCCAAAAGUCUGAAGAAAUUAAACAGAAUGAAAAAGAGAGAAAUGGUAAUACGGGAGAUCAUGGAAAUGAUGGACUAAGAAAGCCACUUUCUGAGGCUAGGCUUGUUGCUGGAUAUGUACCAUCUGCCAAAGAGAGUGCCAACAUCCACACUGCAGAGGAUGAUGAGGAAGAGCCUGAUGUGUAUUACUUUGAAUCAGAUCAUGUGGCAUUGAAACACAACAAAGAUUAUCAGAGACUGUUACAGACGAUUGCUGUACUCGAGGCUCAACGUACUCAAGCAGUUCAAGACCUUGAAAGUUUAGGCAGACACCAGAGAGAAGCGCUGAAAGAUCCUAUUGGAUUUGUGGAAAGACUCCAGAAGAAGGUUGAUAUGGGUCUUCCAUAUCCUCAGAGAGUUGUUCAGCUCCCUGAGAUUGCGUGGGACCAAUACACCACUAGCCUUGGAAACUUUGAGAGGGAAUUUAAAAACCGAAAACGUAACAGUAGGAGAGUAAAGCUGAUUUUUGACAAAGUAGGUAUACCUGCAAGACCAAAAAGUCCUUUGGAUCCCAAGAAGGAUGGAGAGUCUAUUUCAUACUCUGUCUUGCCUUUAAGUGAUGGUCCAGAAGGUUCUACUAACAGUCGUCCACAGCAGAUGAUAAGAGGACGACUUUGUGAUGAGACCAAACCUGAAACUUUUAACCAGCUGUGGACUGUAGAGGAACAGAAAAAACUGGAGCAAUUGCUCUUGAAGUAUCCACCGGAGGAAGUAGAGUCCCGACGGUGGCAGAAGAUAGCUGAUGAACUGGGAAAUAGAACAGCAAAGCAGGUUGCCAGUAGAGUGCAAAAAUAUUUUAUUAAAUUGACUAAAGCUGGUAUUCCAGUUCCAGGAAGAACUCCAAACUUAUAUUUAUAUUCCAAAAAGUCAUCAAGUAGACGGCAGCAUCCUUUAAAUAAACAUCUUUUCAAACCUUCAACUUUCAUGACAUCUCAUGAACCUCCAGUUUAUAUGGAUGAAGAUGAUGACAGAUCCAGUUUUCACAGCCAUAUGGAUACUGCAGCAGAAGAGGAAGUAUCGGAUGAAGAGAGUAUUCCAAUAACAUAUCGAGAGUUACCUGAGUACAAAGAACUGUUAGAAUUUAAAAAACUGAAGAAACAGAAACUCCAGCAGAUGCAUGCAGAGAGUGGAUUUGUGCAGCAUGUGGGAUUCAAGUGCGAUAACUGCGGAAUUGAACCUAUCCAGGGUGUUCGGUGGCACUGCCAAGACUGCCCUCAAGAAAUGUCCUUGGAUUUCUGUGAUUCUUGUUCUGACUGUCUGCAUGAAACAGAGAUUCAUAAGGAAGAUCAUCAGUUAGAACCUAUUUACAGAGCAGAGACAUUUUUAGACAGAGACUACUGCAUGUCCCAGGGCACCAGUUACAAUUAUCUUGACCCAAACUACUUUCCAGCAAAUAGAUGACAUGGGAAGCAGAUCUACCAUCUUGGGCUUACUAUUCUCUUUGAAAAAUAACAAUGGCACCAUUGUUAGUUCUGUGCACAUUUUGGAAAGACUCUGCUUUCCCUGAAAUGUCGCUCACAGCAUGACAGCUUCCUGGGUGUACUUGUCAAACUACAGCUUUGAGCUGUCAUGGUUCUAGAUCACUGAACAGCAGCUGAACAUUCCUAGUGUGCAGAAGGUUUCACUGGGAGAGUUUUCUUUCACCACGUUAGUCAUUUUUAGGUGGUGAAUCUAAACACAAAAGAAAAACAUACAAAAGGGUGAGCCAGAAAUGAGAGCACACAUUAAAGAUAGAGUAAAUUCCAAAGGCUUUGAAGAACUUGGUUAUAAUGAGAUCCAGAGGAGAUGAAGUAUUUAUAUAAAAACAGUUUAGUAGCUUGCAGUUUUGUUGUGAAAUAGUUUUCAGCACAGUAACUGACUUCUUUAGGCAAGGUUUUAACCAAUGACAGUGUUUGCUUCUAGGAUGUACUCUAAAAACUGCUCACUGUCUCGGCGAUGGUUGGUUACAGGCCUUUAUUAAAUCGGAGCUGCUUAAUCACAUCAACUUCCAAUUUCUUUUAAUUUUGGUUGGGUUUUUUUAUUUUAUUUUUUUUAAACCACAACAAACUCUAUUUACCAACAGUGAAGCACUACAGGGGGCAACUGUGGCAUUGCUUCCUUAACCAGCUCAUGGUGUGUGAAUGUUAUAAAAUUGUCACUCAGAUAUAUUUUUUAAAUGUAAUGUUAUAUAAGAUGAUCAUGUGAUGUGUACAAAAUAUGGUGAAAAGUGCCAGUGGUAGUAACUGUGUAAAGUCUCUAAUACUCAACAUUAACUCCUUUAAAAUAAAAUACACAGCCUUCUGCCUCUGUAUUUGGAGUUGUUAGUGCAACUCAUCAAAGAAAACUGCCUAAUAUAAAUCAUAUAUAUGGUAAUAAUUUUUCCUCUUUUGUAGUCUGCACAAGAUCCAUGAAAGAUUGUAUUUUUAUUACUAUUUAAACAGUGAUUAAAUUUAGCCUGAGCAGUGAGCAAGGGUUCACAUGCAUUCUUUUAUACUGCUGGAUUUUGUUGUGCAUCAUUUAAAACAUUUUGUAUGUUUCUUCUUAUCUGUGUAUACAGUAUGUUCUUAAAUAAUGUUCAAUUGUCAGGAGAACUGUGAGAAAUAAACUAUGUGGAUACAGUCUGUUUAUAUAUAGAAUGCUUGCUGUGACUUCCUUUCUGUGUAGUUCCGACUUUUUAAUCAAGAUGGAAAACAGUCAAAGGACAUUUUAAUACAUCAUCCAAACAGUCACUGUGCAGCCCUGCGAGAUGCCCAGUGCCCUCCUCUGCUGUCCAUUUCGCUGGGAGCUGGUGGUGCUCUGCGCCUACUAACACCCGCCUCGCCUUUGCAGCGUUAGCGUUCUAGUUUUACUCGUACCUUACGCGCAGACUGUUCUUUUUCAGAUGGCAGAAACCCCAGAUUUCAGUAGCCUCGGGACGCUGUAUGCCAUUGUCUGAGAAGCUUUGUAAUUAUUGUGACAUAUUUUAGUUAAUAUAUUUUCUAUCGAACUGUAUAGCUUGUGAUUCAGAAACACUUGAUUAUUUUAUAACUGUAAGAGACUUCCAGUUGCUUUGAAACUUGAAUACUCAGAGUAAUGAGCUAGAGAAGAAACUAAUUUGACUUAAAGAGAUGGCAAUAAGAAGGAUAAUUGGCUGGCUGCAUCUAAAUACUUUAAAUAUAAAUUGAUCAGAAUUAAGUUUUGCAAUACUUUUAGGUGUAGUUAUUUUUUGCUUAAAUAAUUCAAAGCAUUUAAUCUGUUUAGAAGGUAAUACAGUACAGUUGCUAAGACACUGAGCAGGUAUCAUAUGUAAACAUCUCACGUAUCUAAUAUACUUAGAUAAAUUUAAUAAAUCCUAAAAAAUACAACACAGAAAUUCACAGGAUGUAUUUUAGUUUUCAGUUGGAAAAGAUACUGCUCUGAGAGGCUCUCUAGUACCUAAAGCAUGUGCUUGUCUCACCGUUCAUGCUGUUCAUAGGAAGCUAGAGUUGGGGAAGGUGUUUAUCAGGGAGAGAAUCUGUGGAAAUACUUGUUUUCUGUUGAUACCCUGAAAAAAAUGGUUGGAUGAGAAUAAUGAAAGUGCAUUAGUGAAAAUGUUCAGUCAUCAAUUUAGGAUAGCUUGGGAAGAACGGCAAGACAUGGUGUAAUUCGAAUGAGUUUGGAAGCAGAAGGAGAAUUUCAAGUCUGAAUCACCCAAGCAAAGAAGUGUCUUGAAUAAGUCCUCUUUUUAUUGACUAUGUAUAAAUAUUUGUAUUUUCAUAUGCAUGCAUAUACAGCUAUUUCUCUUGCAUACAUAAUGAACAUACACAAAUAGAUACCUAAUGCACAUACACCCAAUCAAGCAUGGGAAUUUUUGUUUUUUCCAUAGAAAAAACCAGAAGAAGCAGAAAGAAAAAUUAAAACUGAAACUGUAUGCUUUGUAAUUUGAUUUAAAAAAAACCAGAGGAUUAGCAGCUGAUGUUGCCUGUGUUCCCAUCCCACACAAGUAUGGUACUCCACACUUUUUAACUUAUAUUGUAAUUACAAGUAAUAAAAAAUACUCCAGAACACCUACACAGAUGAAUUUGCAACUUCAUGGUAACUCCAGAGUAUUUUCCUGGUUUUUGAGACAGAGUAUUUUACUUCAUUUUUUUUGGCAAAAUACUACAACACUGCAGCACACAGCUGGUGGUGCUUCAAGGCUCGGUUUAGAAACACCAGCCUUCUUCAGCUGAUGCAUUCUCAAAUUCUCUUCCUUAAAGCUGUUGUACUGCAGGUGUUACAGGUCACUUGAUGGCACUGGUGGAGCUGGAGAAGCACUUCUAGAGCAUCAGUGGUAAAACAUAGGCUAUAAAAGGACCCAGGAAAGAAGGAACAUCCAGGAUAUGAAGUCAGUCCCUUACAAAUAAUUGAAUUAGCAUUUACAGGGCAAAUGCCAAGGAAGAGAAAGGAACCAGAAGAAUGUGCCCUGAAUGGAAAAAGGACAUACUCUGUAAGCAUGCCGAUUUGAGCGCUAUUUUCAAGUCAUGUACUGUGCUUUGAAAAGGAUUAAACCCACAUAUACUG